AUGCAGAAAGACUUACAUUUUCAAGCCAUCAAACGACCAACUCCCUCCAAAUACUCGAUGAGAGCCCAUCCCAGAGCGGCAGAGAUCCUGGCAGAACGAAAGAAGGCUGCGGAGAACGAAGCCCUCGGCAAUGGCUUGAACAACCAUCUCACGAUUCAAGCGACCAUCGAGGGACCACUAGAGCCUCCUUCCCGCUACCGGCGCCGAAAGAUCCCUCUCCCAACGUACUUCCCGCCAACCAGUGAGGAGCUAAGAGAGCUUGCGGCACACCCUGACUGGGAUCCGACCACACCAUCUGACUCGGUAGCGAAACCUCGCGCCUUAUCACCGUUGUCUAGUUCGUCGAAGAAGGGUGGGGAGGAUCAGGGAAAGAAGGAUGAGGAAGGGAAAAAAGGAACAAAAAACUAUGGGAAGGAGAAGGCAGGGCAGGGCGAGGGAAAGGAUGGGAAGGAGGGCCAGGUGAAGAAGAAAGGGCAGGGACGUGAUUGCAUCAGGGAGGCACAGGCAUGUCUGGCGGCCUACCGUAGAGAGUGGUGA